AUGUUUGGGGUUUUCUCAAUUUUAUACGCAGUGGUGCUCUUUCUGGAUGCCGUAGUCAUUCUGGACAAUAGAAGGGUCCUGACAUGCCUGAGAUUACCACUUGAUAAGGAGCAUCGUGCCACUCUUUCUCCGAUCAGAAGAAGACUCGUUGAGAUGAUAGUUGGAGUCAGAACCGUUGUUGAGUUUCCACUUCUCUUUCUAAACUGCCUUUACAUAAUUUAUGAGCUGUUUAUGGGAUGA